CCACAAAUUCUCUAACUUGACCCUCACCUCACACCACACCACACCACAUUCAAACAAUUCACACCCACAAACACACACACUUUUAUUUACAAAUUACAACCUUCCAUCACUUGUUUUGAUUAUUUUCUCAUUCGUUUUCAUCAUCUUCAGUGCUUAAUAAUACUAUGGAGUGGUAUUACGGAACCGGAGAAGAAGAUCUUGUUGUUCCAAAGGAUUAUGAAAAAGCACAGACGAUACCAUCACAAGAAAGUUUGUUACAGUGGGGAAUGACUAGUUUUGGGAAUUCUAAUCCGAAAAAGUAUUUCGAUUCCAACAUAAACAUGACCCAUGAAGAACUAUACAACAAUGGCGGAUCCCUUUUGUGGAACGAUGAAGCAGAUUUUCAACAAUUUGCAGAGGAAGAAGCCAGAAUCAAUAACAUGGAUGAUGACAUUUUCUUCAGUUCAUUACUUGAAGAGGAUCCAAUUAACGAUUCAGCCAAGACCCAUGACAACACAAUUCUAGGCAACAAUGUGGACAACAUCGAGGGCGAAAUGGUAAAUUCACAAUAUGUUGCACGCCAUGGACAAAGCAUUGGAAGCUCGAAAUACCUCAAAACACACGACUUCUCUCCGCCAGCCGACUGGGCUAAUGGUAACGUUUCAACAACUUAUCAAGUGCCAAAGCAGUACACUAGCAAUGAGAACUCAAUGGAGGCAUUUGUAUUGAAUGAUCUUGAAAGGGUGACCGCACAGUUCACUGACAAAACUCGCAUUUGCUUUCGGGAUGCUUUCUACCGGCUUGCAGAAAGCUCAAAACAACCGUUCAACUCAUGCCAAAAUGGCGAAUCUUCGAUGAUUUCUGAUGAUGAUACCUUAAGGGCCAGAGAAACAGAAGAUGCUGAAUCAAAUACAAAUGUUAUCGAUAGAGCUGUAGCCAAUCUCAUCUUCCAUAAGAGCGACUUUGAUGACACAUGUAACAGACAUCAAACCAAUUACAACGAUGAUGCAGAAGUCCCACUCAGCAUGCAGGAAUUGCCGCAAUCAACUGCCUUUUAAAUUACUAACCCUCUAAAGAUGCAUGCUUUUUGUGAUUUGGAGGUCUGAGUCACAAAAAUAGUCUUUUUGCAGAUAUCGCGUGUAUGUAGGCCUCGUGUGAAACCCGGCUUUUUGAUCUUAUGUGUAUAUGGUGCGGUUAGCGAGCCAAGUACAUAUCCAAUCUUGAGUGGUGUUUUCUGGAUAAAUCUUGUGGCGUAAAAACGUCUUCAUUAUGUAAUAUUCCUCAUUAACGAGUCGGGUCUAUUAGUCUGGGUCCUUAAAGAGCAUAUACCUUGUGUUACAAGCAACGUUUCGUUGUUUCCAACAUCCAUGCAGCAAAUAAGAUGACUAUGUAAUGUUCUUUAGCAUGAGUUGCAUGUGUGUUUUAAGAAGGAAUAAAAACAUUGUAUUAUUGGACACUACGUAAGUUUGAGGUUAUGGUUUA